AUGCGCGAAGUUAGAGAUGCACAGAAAGUUUACAUAUAUACAGGCCUGAGCGUCAUGUGCGUGUUUUUUGUCUCAGCUCUUAUUUGGACGGGCACACAGGUAUAUGGAAGCAUAUACCCAACAGAGGCAAACUAUCUUAUUGGGGAAAAAGCAUGUGUAGACACAGUAAAAAAGAUAGAAGAUAUUUCUGAAAGUAAAGAAGAUAGCAAGAGCAGCUACGAAAUGCAAAGCAGCACAGCAAAGCAAGGAGAGAAAAAGACUACAGAGCAUGAACUAGAAAGGAAUGAGGAGGAACCAAAGUCUGAAGAGAAGACUGUCUGUGCGCCAGAAGAGAAUCAUACAAAUGGCUUUGCUGCUGAGUCUGAAGAGAAGAUUGAAAUGGAAGCAGAGUGUGUGCAAGAGAAGCCGCAGAUUAAUACAGAUAUAAUCCCAAUGCAAUGGGAAAGUAAUGUAUAUAAGGGCCCUUUCGAUAAAAAGGCCAAUAUGAAAAUUAAGGUUGAUAAGAUGCUUAAAACUUUCAAAUGCUCUUCAUUAACUAUUUUUCUGGACUCCAUCUGCAAGCUUGGAACAAAAAUCCAAGAGAAAAAAGAAAUUAUUGACUAUUGCUCGAGCCCGUCUUUUGAAAGCCCAAAUAUCCAGAAUAUUAACGAAUUCAAACAAAACAUGGAGCUUCUCAGACAGUAUAUAGAAAAGAAAAUGACUCUAGACAAAAAAGGCUUCUCCAGCUUUGAUGCGCUGCAAAGACAGGUCUGCCAGAUAGAAAUGGCCCAGCAGGCGAAUAAAAGGCACUCGGCUAGUGAUAUAUAUAUGUGGCUAGGCCGAAAAAGAGAUAUGCAUGCAGCUACCGCUGUGCUUUCCAUGUUUAUAUGCAUACCUGCGGUGUAUGCAGACAUGCGUGAAGUCUCUGUAGAAGAAAUUGAGCAGGCAUAUCUGCCAGAGAAGCACACCCUUUCCCAAACCACCCUCAAUGGGCACUGUAAUGUGCUGAAGGGCGUGUGCUGCAUAGUGCGCAUGUGUGAGAAAAAGAAUGCUAGGUGUCAGACCACGAAUAACCUGAAUGUCAAGCUUAAUGCAAAGUACGAAGAGAUUAAAGGUGUGCUUGAAAAGAUGGGCUGCAUGUCCCCGCAGGACAUAUAUCUUGCUGUCCACACAAGCUUCUCUAUCUUCUAUGAGCAUGCCCUGAAAUCCAGCACCCGGCUAGCUGGGGAGGGCCUCUUCCGAAGCACACCCAGCCACUGCAUCCAACUAGUGCACAAGAAGUCGAAUGCUGCAGACAGGACAAGUAUUAUCUUCUCCACUGACUAUGUCGCGGACGGGCAUGCUGCAGAGCUUUCUGUCAGAAAGGCAAGUAUGCACGCUGCGCCUGGCAGCAAAGCGAAUAUGGACCGCCAUGCGCAUGUGUACUAUGUUGAUAACACGAUGCAAACACGCACGCGGGUAUGUCUGCCGCUGUGCAAAGGAGAGGUCUUCGCCAAAGCAUACAAAAUAUGCGAUGCCAUAAAGUGCCUUAGCAUCAUCUUUAGCAAAGACACAGAGAGCAUAUACGUUCUUUCCCAGAGCAAGAAAAAGAAAGGCGAGUCUAAGUGGGCUAUAUUAAAUACAGAAGAGUGCAACAAAGUCCUGGCCACCGCAAUAGAAACACACAAUGUUGUGUUCUACCACAUAGAGAACAGAACUCCUGGGAAUAGAGAGGACUCGGACUACACGGCAGUACAGCUGGCCAGUACGCGCGGAAAAGGUGCUGCAGGCCGGAAUAGUAAAAACUGCGUGUCCGUGCCGCUGUUUGUAACUAACCUUGUGCGCUUUGCAAUGAACAUGCUGUAUAGUACAUGCCCCACAUUUAGGAACGGUUACAAUAUAAAGCCAAUGCCGCUCACUCCUGGCACAUUCACUCUGAAUAGAAUAAACAUGCCGGAAAAUAAGCAUCCCUACUACAGUCCUCUGUACCUGGGAGAGCAUGCGGUCGAUCUUGCAGCCCCUUAUACGGACUGCCAGAGUCUGUGUGCUGUGUAUGAAGAUGGCGGAAAUACAAUUUCUUGGUACGCCCCCAUCCGCACCGGACACCUCAACUAUAUUUGCGCGCACGACAGUGCGUCUAUACAGAGGGAGGAGUACAACUACCAGAACAGCACAUAUCUUGUGAAAGCAAAUGCCAGUGACCUAUUCCGACUGGUUUUCUCCCCGCCGUAUGUUGAUUCAGAAAAAAUCCUUGUUGUGCAGAAUAUCAGCAACAAUGCCAGCUGCAUGGGGAUAGAGCAGCGCAUCACAGCAGCCAUCAUGGGCAACCCCACAUUGUAA